UAAAAAUUUUAGAAAAGUAUGGCUGCAAUAAUUCCACGAGUCCAACGUAUGGGUAUGAAAAUCAAAGCUGUUAAUGCACAAUUUAUAAAGCUGAACACAAAAUAUUUUUCGCAAACGAUCCAAACAAACAUCAUUGAAGGAACAAAUGGUGAAAAAAUUAUUACAUCACCUCAUGGACCAGUUACGUAUCCGGAGAUGCCGAUAAAUCAUUAUAUUUGGGCAGAUAUACAGAACUAUUCUAAUAUGGUUGCAUUGGAGUGCGGCAUAACAGGGAAAAAGUAUACUUAUAGUCAGGUGAGAGAUUACUCAAAUUAUGUCGCACGAAGUUUGUUAAACAUGGGAUUCAAACGAGGUGAUGUUAUUGCUAUUGUAUUGCCUAAUUUACCAGAUAGUCCAAUUGCUCUAUUAGGAUGUAUGGAAGCUGGUAUUAUAGCGACCACUGUUAAUCCUAUUUACACGGCAGAUGAAAUCGCAAAGCAGUUAAUUUCGUCUGAAACGAAAGCCGUUAUCACAUCUCAAACGAUUUUAACGAAUGUAAGAGCCGCAGUAAAUGCGACAAAUCCAAAUUUGAAAAUAAUCGUUAUCAAUGACUACGCAAAAUCAGUAACAGACGGUGUGAUACCAUUUGAAAAUCUCAUAACAAAAGGGAAGUCACUUCCUGGGGUCUCAACAGGCCAAUGGUCACCGGACGAUGUCGCAAUUUUGCCAUAUUCUAGUGGUACAACGGGACUUCCGAAGGGAGUCAUGUUGACGCAUAGGAACCUAGUGGCUAACGUGCAAAUGUUAAAAAAUUCCAUUAGCAAUGAAAGGUGUUUGCCUGCUGAUGGAACUUUCCAAGAGAUAUUACCGGCUGUAUUGCCAAUGUAUCACAUAUACGGAAUGAGCGUCGUUUUAUUCUCAAAAUUGUCAAUUGGUUGUAAACUCAUUACAUUACCAAAAUUUACUCCAGAAACUUAUAUCAGAGUUUUAGAAGAGCAUAAGAUUUCGUUUUUGACAGUUGUUCCACCGAUGAUUAUGUUUUUAUCGAAUUUUGAAAUGGCACGCAAAAAGCAUAUUGAAAAUAUUAAAUUUAUCUUAAGUGGCGCAGCUCCUCUUUCUCACAAUGACGUAGACAAAUUUUAUAAUAAAUUUCAACUCAACAGUGAUAAAGUUCAAUUUUGUCAAGGAUACGGCCUGACAGAAUCGUCACCAUUGGCAUUUUGUGAAAUAACUUUCAAAAAAUUUUCCAGUAUUGGAAAACCUGUCUCCGGGUGCGAUGCGAGAUUAGUUGAUCCUUUAACGAAAAAGGAUAUAGUUGGAUCAGGACAAACUGGCGAAUUAUUGAUUCGGGGACCACAUAUUAUGAAAGGAUAUUGGAAAAAUGAGAAAGCAACCAAUGAAAUAAUGCACGGCGAUUGGCUUCUUACUGGUGAUAUCGCAUAUUAUGAUGAAGACGUAGAUUUCUACAUAACCGACCGAAUAAAGGAACUUAUAAAGGUUAAAGGCUUCCAAGUUGCACCAGCAGAACUGGAAGCGCUUUUGAGAACACAUCCAAAUGUACACGAAGCUGGUGUCAUUGGUAUUCCAAGCGAAAGAUACGGGGAGGUUCCUAAAGCAUUCGUUGUAUUAAAAAAAUCAGGUACCACGAAAGCAGAAGAGCUUCACGACUUUAUGAAAGCAAAAGUUUCCGACUUUAAGGCCAUUCGCGGAGGUAUUGAAUUCAUUGACAAUCUGCCAAAAAAUCCAUCGGGAAAGAUUAUGCGCUCCAAGCUCAAACAAGAUUAUUGUAAAUAAAAACGCUUCAAAUAUAUAUUUUCAAAUGAAAUAUCUUCUAUUUUAUAUACUGUGCAAUGUUUUUGAACUUAAUACAUGUAUAAGAGUUGCAAAUUAUUUAUAUAUAUUCAGAACUUUUGAAUAUGUU